AAUAGCUCAACGGCCACAUGACCAGUCUCAACAAAGUUCUCCGUAUUCACCAAGGGGAAGCGAACCUUUCAGAGGACAGCGCAAAAAUGGCGACACUAUCGUCGCUCCCACCGCGACCGAACACUACGCUUUUCGGGAUUUAUUUGUGAAAACGCAUUACUUCGAACGCGA